CUACUUCCCCGUAUCUAUAAACAAAGGCUAAUUAAUUAUUCAUACGCAACCUUUUUCUGUCAUUCAAAAUUUAGCAAAAAUGAGGGUAGCGCGCGCCCGAGUUUUCGGAGCUGCAUUCGUGUCCGCAGGUCGCGUCCAUGCACGAGUUCGGUGUUUUUGGUCUACCAAUGUGGGACUCAUUCCCACAUUCCUCUCUUUUGCUAAACUUAUUCUCAAAUACCCAUAUUUGAGUAUCGAUAUCUUAUUCACUUAUACUCUAUUUUGGACAUAUAAUAUAUCGUUUCGAAGUCCUCAUGAAGGAGAACACAAACCCACUUAGAGUUCGUUAUAUAUACAACAUAAGUAUAUAUUUAUAUACGUCCAAAGUUAGUAAAAAAUAUAAAUAUUUUUACUAAAUUUCCAACAGAGUAUGCCGAUGAAACAAGUGAUCAAACCGGAUGAGUUCUUGAGGAAAAAUGAGAAAGAAGAUUUGGAGAAUGGAAAGGAGUUUGAGGUGAAAUUGUGGGGGCCAAGAUUAGAGAUGCAUAAGAAGCCGAUGAUGUUGAAGAUGUGGCACAUGAACUGCACCAGCAACUACGUCCUCAAAACCAACCGGAACCACUUUGUGAUGGCGAAUAACAAGGAUUUGAAGAUAAACAAAAAGAUUCAGGUAUGGUCGUUUCACAGAGAAGAGAAGCUGUGCUUUGCAAUUGCAUGUUUGGAGAGAGAUGUUGACGCUCAAAACAACGCUGCUUAAUCACACACCAUUGAGUUCUUUAAUCUUUUUCAGUUAACUCUUUAUCUUGUUUAUAUUCAAACAUUGUAGCUUCUGUAUAUAUCUGACGUGUUAUUAAAUCUUUGACAAUUUCUAUUGGUUUCAAGACAUUUAGUGAUAAAAAAUUUCCUAACGCAGU